CCCCAUCUCAUAAACCCUCUACUAGGAUCCCAUCAUCCAUUUGCCUUUUUCCAAUUUCUCUCCCUAUUUAAAUCAAUUCAGCAUCUGAUUCAACUGGAGAAAAGGAAAGAAAAAAAUUUCUCAGAUUUCAAGAAAAUAAAGUGAAAAAAAAAACACACACAACACAUACUAACUCAGACAUGGAAGCAACUCUUGAGUUGGAGGAUGAUGUCUUCUUCAAAGACUUGAGCAAGCAAAUCUCUCUCCUCAUCAUGGAUGAUGAUGAUGAUCUCUCCCUCUCACACUCUCCACCACUAAAUCUUCAGGCUUUGAGUAAUCAAGCAAACAAUCCAGCAUCACAAGGUGCAUCAUUUUUCAGCUAUGAUCAUCAACACCAAAGUAGCAAGAGGGAGAGCAAAGGCACCGGGGUUUUCAUCCCUCGUUCGACGUCGAAUUCGAGACGAAAGAGUGCGAGACAAGCAAGAUUCAUGGGGAACAAAUUUCAGAACCACCCUUCUAAUGAUCAUGGCUCAAGAGGGCUGCAGCCUCAUGACACCAUCAUCAUUAAUCCUUCUUAUGAUCAUUCAUUCAAUUGUACAAGAUUUUGAUCUUGAUUGUUGUGGUGAUGUUUCAAGAAAUGUGAUGCAUAAUUCAAAUAAAUAAGAGGUUGUGGAAUUUGUUCAUA